AUGGACGCCACGCCGGCGGCGGCGCGGAGGAAGAAGGCGCCCGCCGAGGCCGUGAAGAAGCGGCCAGGAGGCGGCGUGCGCGGGCCCGGGCCAGGCGCGUCCCCGGCGGCGCCGUCCGCGGACCCCACCGGGAGCGGCGCGGCGGCGUGCUGCGUGCUCUGCGCAUGCCUGCCAGUGGCUGUGCUCUGCGUCGCGAGGCGGUGCUGCCCAUGCGUGCCCGUGCGGCGUGCCUGCUCGUGGCCUGUGGCCGUGCUCUGUGUCGCGAGGCAGUGCUGCGGGCGCUGGAGGCGGCGGCCCCAUCGGCGGCUCGCGCCAGGGGGCUCCUCAUCGUUCUCGGACGCCGAGGCCGGGGAGUUCCUGCCGGGCGGCGGCGCCCGCAGGCGGGCAAUGGGGCGGGAGGAGGGCCAACCCCAGGCUCGGGCGCACGAUGGAGGAACACGACGGGAGGGGAGGGGAAAGAAAGAGAAGAUGUGA